AACACACGAAAUAGUUACUUGUCAAAAUAAUUCAACACGUGAAGAGGCUUCUACCUUUUAAGCGUAGAGUUAGUAUUGCUUGAACUAAUUUCCAUGUAAAUUUUUACGAUGCCGAAGAAUAUUAAGCAUUUAGUGGUGGACACCACUGCAUUUAUCAAGGCAGCUGGCUUGCAAGACAUCUCGGAGUGCGCUUACACUGUGCAAGAGGUUAUCGAUGAAAUCACAAACGAUAGACAACGCAGGAAGCUUGUAGUUCUGCCUUACGAUCUUAUCGUCAAGGAUGUGUUCACAGAAAAUAUUAAGUUUAUCACCGAGUUCUCCAAGAAGACCGGAGACUACCGCAGUCUCUCUGCCACUGACAUCAAAGUAAUGGCCUUAACAUACCAACUGGAGAAAGAAAAAGUUGGAACAGCCCAUCUCAAAACUGAGCCAACUGCUCAAAAAUUUGUUAAAGUUACUGGACUACCCGGCCAAAACACUACCUCUGAUAAAAAUGAAGAUUCAAAACAUGUUAACCAAGAAACUGGUGAAUCAGCAUUAUGUAGAGAUGAAGAAACUGGCGAAGUUGAAAUCAGACCUCCAGAACAGACAAAACCAGUUGAUAAGCCUAAGACUGAGGAAGAUAAUGGCAAUGUCAGUGAUGAAGAGGAUGCAGAAAAUAUUGCUGAACAGAUAAAGAACAUGGACCUAAAAGACGAUAAUAUUGACGAUGUCAUGGUUAAAGUGUCUGAUGAUGAAGAAGAAUCUGAAAGUGAGGAAGACUCCGACAGUGAUGGUGGCGAUUGGAUCACACCAGGCAACUUUGCUGAGAAGAAAAAAGAAAUGGAACUAGGAGAAUUUGAAGUAAAGGCUGUAGAAGUUGCUUGCAUAACCUCAGACUUUGCCAUGCAGAAUGUGCUUAAACAAAUUGGCCUAAAUGUAACCUCCAUAGAUGGAAGGAUCAUCAGACAAUUACGUACAUUCAUUUUUCGUUGCACAACCUGUUUCAAAACUACCAGUGUUAUGACAAAAUUAUUCUGUCCAAAAUGUGGACACUCAACUUUAAAAAAAGUUGGAGUGAGUAUUGAUGAUGAUGGGACCCAGCACAUUCACAUAAAUGGCCGGAAGCCAUUGACAGCUAGAGGAAAAAAGUUCAGCUUGCCCACACCUAAAGGUGGACAACAUUUCCAAUAUCCCAUUCUUACAGAAGACCAACAUAUUCACAAGAGAUUUGCCACAAAAUUGGCAAGAAGUAAAACCAAUGCUCUGGACCCUGACUAUACCUCAGGCUUUUCACCAUUUGCCAUGAGAGAUGUCAAUUCUAAGUCAGCUGUUCUAGGAGUAAGGGCCAAUAAGCAAGAUAUCAAAUGCUUUAUGAAAAAGGCUUACAAAGGAAAGAAGAAGUAAAAUAUAUUUCUAAAAUAACUUAAUGUGUAAUCUUGUAAAUAGGGUAAUAAAAGGUUUUAUUGUAAAAUACA